CCUUUAAACACUUAAGAAAUCGACUUUGAGAGAACUCUUUUAGUCUUUCACCGAUGACAAACACAAAAGUCCAUGCAAGUAACUCAUAAUCGUGAUCAUAAAAUCUGGGACUGUGGGAGUCCUCUCUAUGAUUCUUACGAACUCGCCUCUUUUGCUCACAUCAUCGAACGUCGUCAACAAAUGCCUUUAUCUCCUCUCGCUCGACAGUGUAAGUCUGGUGUGACUCUACGAGCUUUGAUGAAUAAAGAUAAUGAAGAGUGUUCCUCUGCGUCGACUACGACUACGAGGGUGCGUGAUAUUAACAGGAGGAAACGUUGGUGGAAUGGAAAGAAGAACGACGAAAAGAAGGAACGAAUCAACAAGAAGAAAAUGUUUGCUUGUUUUUUUUUUGCUAUCUAAAAACAAAAAAAAAAACAAAAAAAUUGUUUACUUGUAGUUUUUUCGUGGAAUUAUUGUUACAAUAAGUAAGUUGUUCUUCUAAUAUGUACGCAAGUCAUUUUUCAAAAAAUAUGUACGCAAGUUUUAAUCUUUUUUUCUCGAGUUGUUUUGUGUGAUGAAAAUAUA